AUGUUUCAACGGAACAGUUCUUAUGUUCUCGCCAUAUUUCUUGGGAAUUUUGGUCUUGGUCUAUUACAUACAGCUUUUAAUUUUUAUUAUGUUUUCCUCAACAUAUUUCAAGUUAAUGAAUACUGGUUUAAUUUGGCACAGCUUCUUUUUCUGAUUUGGAAUGCAAUUAAUGAUCCCUUAUUUGGCUAUUUACAAGUAGGAAUUUACUCAGAAUUAUUUUUAAAUUUAAAUUCCCAGGAUGUAGGGGGAACAUGGAUGCAGAGUAGGGCAAGGAUUUUUACUUAUUUUGGACCUUUUUUUGUCAUCUCUUUCUUGAUUACCUGGUUUCCUUGGGGGAAUAAAGAUUCCCCUCCGUAUGUGGAAGGGCUACAUUUGAUUGUUUCGCUGUUUUUCUACGAUGCUUUUUUCAGCUGUAUAGGUGUAGCUUGGUCUGCAUUGUAUUCAGAUACCACUAGAGAUCACAGAAAACGGGUUAAAGGCAUAAAAUUCGCUCAACUUGCGUCUCUUUGUUCAGUCAAUGUGAUUACGAUUACAGAAAAAGUUUCAGGCAGUCUUGAAAAAUUUGAAAUAUUCCAAUAUGUUUGUGUUACUCUGGCAACUAUUUCACUUUGUUGUCUAUUCCUGACUGGAUGGUUGGCAAAUACUCAACAAAAUAAUAAAACAGAUGCCAAUGAAAAUCUCGUGGAGAAGGACGAGCUGGAGGAGGAUGAAAGUAAAUUAAAUGAAUGGAGUUGGAAAAGGAUUUAUGGGCUUACAAUGCAAGUUUUGUCCUCAAAAGACUUCCAGUAUGUAAUAUUUACAAAUUUUGUACACACAUGCAGGACAACUGCACAUAUGAAUUUCGCCUCAAUUGCCACAGAUAUUCUUAUACCACAAAGUAUACUUCCGAAAGGUUCUCUACAAUUAAGUGCGUUUUUUGCUGUAUGUACUUUAGUUCCACAGGUUUUAGUAAUUUUAAACGACAAAUUACUUCUUAGAAGCGGUGCAUAUCUUGUAUAUUAUUACGGAAUAAUUGCUUCAAUUUGUUCAACCAUUUUGUAUAUAUUCUCAAGUAAUCCAUAUGCUGUGUUAUUGUUUAUGCUCGUUGACAGCAUAACUGUUCAUUCAACAUCCCCUCUUUUCAACAUUUUACUUUCAGAGGUUAUUGAAGAAGACAAAAUUAGAUAUUCAAGAAAGAAUCCAAUUUCAUCCUUAAUAUUCAGUUUAAAUGCUCUAAUUGUUAAACCAGCUAUUUCGAUUGCUCCCGUCAUUAUUGUAUUUUUGUUGAAUCGAAAUGGAUAUGCACUUUACCAAAAAGAGCAAAUACGAUCGUUGGAAUUACGUUCUUGUAUGGCAAAUGUGAUUUUCUCAACCCCACUUAUUUUGGGUGCAUUGGAAUAUUGGAUAUUUAGACGAUAUUCACUUCGCCACAAGCAUAGUUUAGUAGGGCUACCAAUCUAA